UAUCAGCUGCAUUGUGCCGUAAAUGUUUACAAUUUUAUUCAUCAUAGUUUAAAUAAUUCUUUCCAGAACUUACACAAAUAACUACAUGUAUAAAGUAAUCAAUUAUUUAAUUGCUAUCUUAUCAAAAGUUCUUGCUUGAGACGAAGAAACCUGUUCAGUAAAAAUGUUUACUUCAAAGUUAGAGGUACUGGUGGAUUUUGGUCCUAAAGCAGAUGAAGCUAUUGUAAACAAAACUAUAAAUUUUCUCAAAGCACACAAUGAUGUUAAAGAGGUAAUUUUCAAAGAUGGUGCAUUUAUGGUUGAGACUACAUUACCAAAUACUGUUGUACUGGAUAUGGUGGCUAAGACGUCAGGCAGGAGGGCAGUGUUACAGGGAUUUGGAGAACAACAGUCGGCCGUUGCCAUGGUGUCAUCUCAGUUCUGCUGCGGCGAGCGCGUGAUGGGCGUGAUCAGGUUUCAGCAGAGUGGUGACGGGCCGCUGGUGGCCGACGGCAGCCUGGACGGCAUGGCCCCGGGACCGCAUGGCCUGCAUGUGCACGACGCGGGGGAUUUGAGCAGGGGGUGCAGUUCGAUAGGGGAUCACUACAACCCCCUGGGCACGCCGCACGGGGGUCCGCUAGACCCCCCGGAGCGCCGGCACGCUGGGGACCUCGGUAACAUCACCGCGGAUGAAUCAGGGCGGGCUACGUUCAGGAUAUUGGAUAAUGUUUUAAAGCUGCACGAGAUAGUGGGUCGGUCGGUAGCUGUGAAGGCGGGGCGCGACGACCUCGGCCGCGGCGCCUCCCCCGACUCUGCCACUGACGGCGAUGCUGGACGACCUGUCGCCUGCGGCAUAAUCGCGCGUUCUGCGGGCGUGUUCACGAACCCGAAGCGCGUGUGUCAGUGCGACGGGGUGGUGGUGUGGGACGAGCGGGACCGACCGCUCGCCGGCGCCGGACGACAGUGCUGCCAACACAAACCCGACGUCGGCAAACAUGGCAGCCAACACAAUAAACCGUGCUGCAAAGUGUAGUUGGUGUUUCAUUUGUG